AUGCUGUCAGGCCAAAUUGUAGCUCGUUCAGCGAGUCGUUCGCUUCAGCAAGCCUCGCGCUCCUUUCUUCCAUCCACGCGCGGCGUUGCCACCAAGUCAGCCGCUAGGCCAUCUCGUCAAGCCGCCUGGUCUUCUUCUUACUCGCUCGCUGCCGCUGCCGCUGUCGGUGUCGGUGCCGCCGCCUACGCUUCCUUGCAUCGCUCAUCCAUCCAGUGCGAGCCCCGUCAGAAAUGGUCCGACCGCAUGAGGCCCAAGGAGUUUAAAGGUGACGCUUUCCUCCACAAGGACGCCCACGAUCGCCAUCCACCCGCUGCUGUCCACGAUGAAGAAGAGGCCGAAGCUGCCGAGGAGACACCCGCCGCCAUCGAAGUCGCUGUUGAGGAGAGCGAAGAGCAGACUGGGCAGCAGUCCGCGUACGACCCCGAGACUGGCGAGAUCAACUGGGACUGCCCAUGCCUUGGUGGUAUGGCACACGGCCCAUGCGGUGGACAGUUCAAGCUUGCUUUCUCAUGCUUCAUCUAUUCUGAGGCCGAGCCAAAGGGUAUCGAUUGCGUAGACAAGUUCAAGGCGAUGCAGGACUGCUUCCGCGAGCACCCGGACGUGUACAAGGACGAGAUCGAGGACGACGAGGCUGCCAACGCUCAGUUCGAGAAGGAAGGGGCUGAGGCCAAUUCCGAGAGCACACCAGCAGAAAAGAAGAAGGAAAAGGAGGACAGCUCUGCCUAA